AUGCCGAAGGUCAAGCUGCCGCGAAAGAUCCGCGAUCUCGCGAAGAAGGCGAACGGCGGGUGCGGGAAGGCGGCGUGGGAUCUCGCCAGGCACUACCUCAACGGGACCGGCGGCGUGGAGAAAAACGACGAGCUCGUACGUCACUGGCUCGUGAAGGGCGCGGAGCUCGGGAACGUCGAAGCGCAGAGUGGCGCCGGCACGUGGUUUGCCGACAAAGGCGACUACGAUACCGCGCAACGGCAAGGCGUGGAGCGAAACAGGACUACGGCUGGGGAAUGGUGGGAAAAAGCGGCCGCAAACGGGAGCGAAGCAGCGAAGGAGAACCUGCUGAGGCACUUUGGAGACGACGACGCGAGCGUGGAUCGUGUGCCUCGCGACUCCGCGCGCGGAGAUGAUCACUCGGUCGAUCGCGGGGAGGAGGUCAAGCUGCCGCGGAACAUCCGCGACCUCGUGAAAAAGGCGAACGGCGGGUGCGCGUCCGCCGCGAACGAACUCGCCUGGAACUACCGCGAAGGGAUCGGCGGCGUGGAGAAAGACAAUCAACUCGAACGUCACUGGCUCGAGAAGGGCGCGGAGCUGGGGGACGUCGAAGCGCAGAACAAUUUCGGCAUGAUGCUUGACGGCGAGGGCGACUACGAAGGCGCGCGUAGGUGGUGGGAGUUAGCCGCGGCGCAGGGCGACGUCAUCGCGAUGUCGAACAUCGCGCAGCUCUACGCCAACGGCGUAGGCGUCGAGAAAAAUAUAUCGACGGCAGCGGAGUGGUUCUUGAAAGCGGCGAUGAAGGGGAAUCACGAGUCGCAGUUCAACUACGGGUAUCAUCUCGCAAAAAAUCUGAAACAGUACGCGGAGGGCGCAUUGUGGUACGAGAGGUCCGCGGCGCAAGGAAACGUGAGAGCGAUGAACGAACUCGGGACGCUCUACUUCCGCGGCGACGGCGUGGAGCAAAACGUGUCGAAGGCGCGGGAAAUGUGGGAAAAAGCGGCCGCGAACAUCAGCGACGAAAUGUGGGAAAAAGCAGCCGCGAACGGGAACGAAGCAGCGAAGACAAACCUGCAAGCACUGGCAGCGGAAGGCAAUGCGGAUGCACAGCAAACGAUCGCAAAAAAGAAAGUGCUCGAACAAGUCGUGGAGCUCACCGGCGUGAACAUCAGCGACGAGACCUUCGAGUCCUUGGUUACAGAACCACUUCAUUCUGCAGUAGGUUUCUACAAGCACCUCGCGCUUUUCCACAAGCACCUCGCGCUCUGCUUCCUCCACGGGACUGGCGGACUCGAGAAGAACCUUCGGAUGGCCAAGGAGAUGUUCAAAGUGGCCGAAAUUUACGACCCGGACGACGCCACCGUCGCCGAGGAGCUCGUGAAGCUUCGUUCCUGCGUCACCUGCGGCAAGCUCGACGCUCGCUGGGGUUGCAAGCUGUGCCGCGGCGUGCGGUACUGCGACAAACGGUGCCAGCUGAGGGACUGGCACCGCGGAAUCGAGCGGCGCCCGCCGCACAGAGAGACGUGCUCGCGCGUCGUGAACAUGUUUCCUCCCGGGUAUUUCGCGGUGUACCGCGAGACGAUGGCGCCGCAGAGAGACGCGUCAAACUGAACGACGACAGCACGAGCACGACGAUGAUUGACGCGAACGAACGAACGAACGAACGACGACAGCUGUGCAUGAUAAAAUCUACUUCAUC